CCGGGCCAGCGCGCCCAGGCGCGAGCCAGGCGGGACUGCGCCCUGAGACCCGCACGGACCGACCUACAGACUCCAGACGGAGCCUGGACCCCCGCCCCCGGCGCCCUGGACAGGAGCCAGGCCCUGCAUCACCAUGGACUCCCUGUCCCUGGACGCAGCCAUCCAGCACGCCCUGGCAGGCCUCUACCCGCCCUUCGAGGCCACGGCCGCCACCGUCCUGGGCCAGGUGUUCCGGCUCCUGGACUCAGACUUCAGGGGCGACGGGCUGAGUCUGCUGCUGGACUUCCUGAUCCCCGCCAAGCGCCUGUGUGAGCGGGUGCGGGAGGCAGCCUGUGCCCCCUACGCCCACCGCGUCUUCCUGCACGAGGGCUGGCCUCUGUGUCUGCACGGCGCCGUGGUGGUGCACCUGGCCCCCCUCAGCCCCCUCCUGCUGCGCGAGGGCGACUUCUUCCUCCAGGCCGAGCCCCGGGAGGAGCAGUCCGUCUGCCUCGCCGUCAAGUGCCUCUCAGCCGACCUCCGCACGGUGGACACCAGGCCCGUUCCCGAGUGCUCCUACUCGGAGCUGUUCACGCAGGCGUGGCUGGGGGCCCUCAACAGCGCCUCUGAGGGUCGCCGGCUCCGCAGCUGCCUGGUGGCGUCUGCACACGGGGUCGCCCGGAUGCCCUGGACCAAGAUUACCAGCCCAGAGUUCGUGGACCACAGCCCCCCCGUGGAGAAUGUCCCCUCCUCCCCGGCCUGGGCUUCCCUUCAACUCGAGGCGCUGGACCUGAGCAACCCCCGAGAGCUGCUCGAGGCCCGGACCCCCAACCGCCAGGGCCUUCAGACCCCGGGCAACAGCGGGACGUGGGGGAUCAAGUACCCCCGACUCAUCAAGGUGGAGCAAAGCCGGCCUGGGCAGGGGGCCCUGACGGUGGACUGUGCGGCCAGCCAGGACUUAGAGGGUGACUACGUGGGCCUUCUGGAACUUUCCCCAGGGAGCAGCCGGGCGUCCCCCCAGAGGGAGGUGGGAACCUCCAGUGGGCACCCCCAGGCUGCCCCGGGAGAGCUGAGGGGAACGGAGGGGGUCUCUCUCCCUCGGAGGGUGCUUCCGCCCGCGGGGGCUGGCGGGGCCCCUCCGCUGGACAAGUGCGUCAGUGGCCAGCCAGGCAGUUUGGAGCAGAAGCCCCCUGCUUGGGGCUUGCCAGGAAAGCUGGACCCGGAAGGCCCCGCGGGGGGCCCAGAGACCCAGGCCCACCUCAGCGGCCCUGAGAGCCCCUCGCCUUGGGCCUCGGACUCCAGCUGCGAACCAGCUGCCGUCAGGACGCAGGGACCCAAGCAAACGUCCUCUCCCCUGUGCCCGGCCAGGCCCCCCGCUGCUCCAGCCACUGCGGCCAGAGUGACAGGCCGCAGCCCCCCAGCCCACGGCCGGCUGCCCGGGCCCGCCCCCUCCUCGCCCGCACCCCCCUCGCCUGGGCACAGAUUCUCCUUGUUGAGAGGACAGAGGCCGGCCCCCGAGGGCCCGGGGGAAGCUCCGCCCUGCAGAGUCCUGUGUCCCGGGUCCGAGCCCGAGCCCAGCGGAGACAAGCAGCAGGGGAAAGCUGGAACAACUCAGACACAGACAUCUGGCCCAGAUGCUGACUCAGGCCCACCACUCUGGGAAAAAGCUGGUUUGCCAGAAGCUUCUGCAGGCCCUCUGGGAAGAGCCCCUGCUCUGGACCUGCAACCACCAGGGCCCGAGCUUGGCAUUGCGGCUCUGAGCGCGGAGAUCCUGAGCUCACGGAUAGCAUGCCUGCCAGGUGGCCGGGACCGGCAGGGACGGCCCCUGCUGCUCAUCUCUGCCAUGGCCGGUGCCUGGGAUGCACCAUGGUGCACCGUGUCCGAGGUCGCCAAGCUGCUCUCCUACCUCUGCACUGUGCCCAGACUGCAAGACAAAACCACAGAGCUGGUGUUGGUGAUGGAUGCCAGGGAACAGCCUCCCCCAGCUGGCCUCGUCAGUGCCCUGCAGGCCACCCAGGCGGGGCUCCCGGCCUCCAUCCGGGCUGCGUCCUUGCUCUUCCUGGGGGAGAAAGAGGCCGCGCUGCCGCUGCAGAGGUUACCUGGCCUGCAGGUGGAGGUGCUGACGUCGCUGAAGGCCCUCAGCCGCCACGUGGACCCCAGCCAGCUGCCCCCAGCCCUGGAUGGCCCCUUCCCCUACUGCCACAGCGAGUGGGUGCGAUUUUUCCAGAAGCUGGACCCCUUCCUCGCCGACCUCCGCCAGGCCUCCUCCCUGCUGCAGGCUUCCAUCGAGGCCUUUGAGAAGGGCGACCCCCCUGGAGGGGUGCAGGAGGCCUCCUGGCGCCUCAGCCAGUCCAAGGAGCGCAUGGCGGCGGUGCUGAGGGACCCGGGCCUGCACGGCCUGCAGCGGGAAGGCGGGGCCACGCUGGCCAGGCUGCAGCAGGAGGCCGGCAGGCUGCCCCUCCACCCCGACGUCAGGAGCCAGAUGGCUGGAGCUGCCGCCCUGUAUGAGCUUGUGGAGGAGCAGCUGCACGUCCUGGUCACUGUGUCCAACCAGGUCCUGAGGCGGCUGGAGCUCCGUGUGCGCCUGGGCUGCCUGCAGGCCGCCGUCCAUCAGGUUAGCCACUGGAUGGAGCAGGAAGGAAGCCGGCGCCUGCAGGCGCUGAGCCCCGGGGACGGCAGCCUGGAGGCCGUGGAGCGAGCCCAGGCCGAGUUCGAGGACUUCUUCCUGCAGGCUGUGGCCCAGUACCGCCGAGGCCUGGAGCUGUCCAAGCAGGCGGCCCAGCUGGGCAUGGCGGCCCAGGGGCCCGGGGAGGCAGGCGUGGCAGAGUUCCCGGAGCUGGCGGCCUUGGCCGAGACGCAGAGCAGCUUCCAGGCCAAGCUGACCCACUUCUACAUGGCGGCCGAGCGGCGUCGCACGGACCUGGACACGCUGCUGAGUCUGCACCGUUUCUGCAAGAAGAUGGCCUGGUUCCACACAGACUGUCAGGACCUGACGACGCAGCUCGGGCUGGGCAGGGACCAGAGGGCCAGCCCCGGGGACCAGCGACGCCUCCACCGCUACCUGCAGCGCCUGGCGUCCGAGUUCCCCGCGGAGAAGCUGGCUGCCGUGGGACUGCAGGCGGCCUCGCUGAGCUGGGCCCACCUGGGCCAGGAGCUGUGGGCAGAGGCCCAGCGCACACACGCGGCCAUCCGAACCCUCCUGGAGAAGGCUUCGGCCCACUGCCCCAGCCCCGCGGGGCCCCCCGCCCCCUCGGCUCGCCCUGAACUCAGAGGGCCGGUGGCCAGGACCCCGGGCCGGUGGGGCUUACCCCUCCAGGACAAGCUGGGCGUGCAGCGUUCCCCCAAAGCCUGUUGGCCUCCUCGGGGUCCCAGUGCGGGGCAGAGCAGAAAUUUCCGGGCAGGCACUCCCCCCUGGGAAGCUGGCCAGUGGGCAGAGGCUGACGAGGCCCCUGAGCAUGUCCUGGCCACCCUCCUCUCCUGGCUGCGGCCCCUCAGGCGGGGGCAUGGCCCUCACCCCACCAGGGGCAGCUCCUUCUCCUCAGGCACAGACUCCCAGACGUCUCUGGAGGACUCACCCCAGACCAGUCCCCCCGCGUCCCUCUAAGGGGGACCCAAAUCUUGGCACCAGCCCCAGGAGCCGGAUGGGCUGUAACAGCCUGGCUGGACAGGAACGGGCCCGGGCCACCCCAGCAGGACCACGUACUCCCCCGACCCCAACUGCUCCUAUGGCUGCUCAGGGGGAGAAAUCUGGGCCCACCCUGGCCCCAGGAAACUGCGCCGGGGUGACGUGACUCAGAGCUGGGGAGAGUAAUGGCGGUGGCAGGCUCUAGGAGCCGGGCCCUGCAGGGUCUCCGGGCAGGGGUUGCUGAUGGCCGUGCCCAGCCCUCCAGGACUCUCUUACCUCUUUCAGAACCCCAGGUGGGCAGAUUCUGGGGUCCCAGGGUCCGAGUCAGGAGUGAGGUAUGUUUAUGGAUAUAAUCCCAGGAACUGCGGCGGGAAAGUCUGGGAAGGGAUGAAGGGGUGUCAUCUAGUGGGUUCAUCUGCACCACCAAGGGGGUCCUUAGGGCAGGCAAGGGGUCUGGGGGGCUUGUGUGUUCCACUCUCCUGCCCUGUAUUUCUCCUAUAGCCACAGGCCAGCGGUUUCAUAUUGAGACCCGCAGGGGCUUGUCCUUGCAUACCAGAGGACACUCCCCACCCCCAUUUUUCAGCCUCCACGCCCCACCCUUCCUGAGGAACAGGCUUCAGUGGUGACCAGUGGCACAGGGUCCCACUGGAAAUCCUGGGGGUACAGGGAAGGGGUGGGGCUACUGUCUGCCCCCUAGUGAGACUGGGAGGAUGGGGAGGCCACUGCAGGACCAAGAGACAUCACAGUGAAGAGGCUACUUGGCCUCAGUGGCCCCAGAGGUGCCCAAUACCCUAGUACAUGAGAGGGGGCUGCCCUGUCCGCCUCCACUGGGGAACCGGGGGCUUCCUGGGGCAUACUAGCCCAGAUAAGUCAAGUCAGUCCUGCAGCCAGUAACCAAAGAUACAGCAUUUCUCAGCUCAGAGAGAUGGAGGAUACUGUUGAAAGACACUUGGGGCACAGGUCCCAGCUGUACCCCCUCCCUGCCCCCCAAGCCAGCUCUUCUGUGUUCCGCUCUCCUGCCUUCCGUGCAGACAGGCCUGAGGCUGCAGGAGACGUUUGAUCAGCCCAUCUCCAUCCGUGCCUGUCACCUCCGAGGGGGGCCAAAGGCUUGCCAAGUGCUGUUGCCAUAGCAACAGCAUCCAGCUGGGGGGACCACAGGCAGGGAGCCAGGGUACCCGGGGUGCUAGGAUGGAAACUGACUUCUGAGAGACUCUAGCUGC